AAAUGAUCCGAAUAUCUCUCAUUCACCAAUUUUCUUCUCCAUCACGAUCACCAGAAAUUGUAAACAAACAAGCUCAACCAGUUUAAUUAUCUUCAUAAUAGUUUAAAAAAUAAUAAUAAUGAGUACUCAACGUUCUCAAAUUGGCAAUAGGAAUUUCAUCCCUUGGUUCUUCAUAUUAUUGUUAAUCAUCUAUCUUAUUUACUCAUCAAACAUCAUUCUUACUAACGAUGAUGAUUGUUCUUCUUCUUCAUCAUCUUCUUCAAAUAUUUCAACUAGUGAAUCCCUUUCGACAAACGUGUCUACGUUCCCUCUUCAAGAACAACAACAAAAAAGUAUGAAAGAAUAUGUAGAAAAAAAGGAGAUGGAUACUGAGCUCAAACAUAUUAUGUUUGGAGUGGCUGCAUCAUCAAAUUUGUGGGACAAAAGGAAAGAGUAUAUAAAAUUAUGGUGGAAACCAGGAGAGGCAAGAGGGGUUGUUUGGUUAGAUGAAAAAGUGAAAACUAAUAGAAAUGAAGACCUCCCUGAUAUUAGGAUUUCAGGUGACACGUCAAGUUUUCUUUACACGAAUCGACAAGGGAGAAGAUCAGCUCUGAGGAUCUCUAGGGUUGUUUCGGAGACAUUAAGGCUGGGUUUGACAGACGUGAGAUGGUUCGUGAUGGGGGACGAUGACACGGUUUUCGUUGUAGAAAAUGUGGUUAGGGUUUUAUCAAAAUAUGAUCAUAAACAAUAUUACUACAUUGGCAGUUCCUCUGAAAGUCAUGUACAAAACAUAUUCUUCUCCUAUGCAAUGGCUUAUGGUGGUGGUGGAUUUGCAAUAAGUUAUCCAUUAGCAAAAGAGUUGGAAAAAAUGCAAGAUCGUUGUAUACAAAGGUAUCCUGGAUUAUAUGGAAGUGAUGAUAGAAUUCAAGCUUGUAUGGCUGAACUUGGUGUACCACUUACCAAAGAACGUGGAUUUCAUCAGUAUGAUGUAUAUGGCAACUUACUAGGCCUAUUGGGAGCACAUCCAGUGACACCAUUAGUCUCACUUCAUCAUCUUGAUGUAGUAGACCCAAUUUUCCCAGGGAUGUCCAGAGUUUCCGGUCUCCAACGCCUAUUUGAAUCAGCAAAACUCGACUCAGCUAGCCUAAUGCAACAAUCAAUCUGCUAUGACAAAGACAGAUAUUGGUCUAUUUCAGUGUCAUGGGGCUAUGUAGUUCAGAUAAUUAGAGGAAAUAUUUCACCUAGAGAACUUGAAAUGCCUACAAGGACAUUUCUCAAUUGGUACAGAAGGGCAGAUUACACUGCUUAUGCAUUCAACACUAGGCCUGUUACAAAGCAUCCUUGCCAGAAGCCUUUUGUGUACUACAUGAACACCGCGAAAUAUGAUCGUUCCAGAAAUCAGAUUAUUGGGAUUUAUUAUAGACAUAGAGAACGUUCACCUUACUGCAGAUGGAAAGUUGAGUCACCUGAGAAUAUCAACAACAUUGUUUUGUUGAAAAGGCCAGAUAGUAAUAGAUGGCAGAAGUCUCCUCUGAGGGAUUGUUGUGGUGUUCUACCAUCAAACAAUAACUCAAAAUCAAAUUUGUACAUGUGGGUAGGCAGUUGCAGAGAUGGUGAAAUCAGCCAAUUGUAGAUGUUAGGGAGAGAGGCUAGUAUUGUUGCCUAGCUCCAUUUUUCUAGUUCGUCUUUAGUUCUGUUUUUAGGCCAUAGAAACUGUCCAAACAUUUGAAGUAUAAAAUGAAUUUGCAACAUCUGAAUCAUUCAAUA